CGAUGCUAUGAACUAUGGGUAAGUUCCUUACACUAAGUCUACUAAAAUGCUCACUUACUUAUUCAUGUUCGGGGUUUGAAGCUGGUGCCCUGGAACUAGUUUUUAAGUAUUUGUCAGUGUCUCUGGACGCUCAGCUGAUACCAUAGACUGUAUAAAAACCUGUCUGUUUCUGAACCAAUGUUUUGAGGCACCUAUAUUUUGGGGGCCACGGGCUGAACAGUUUGGGAAGCCCUGGUUUCCGGUACUUCCGGAGCCAGCCUCAAGUGGAUCCUUGAUGAACUGCAGUUUUCAGCACUUCCGCAUUGGACUCAUAUUUUUAGACCGGAGGUUGCCGCUUGGCUGAUACACCGCAGAGCAGGUGUCGUCGGGGGGAUCGUCACCGUAUGUUUCUACUUUGUCUUUCGAUUAUAUUGAAAUAUAGACGCGCGUGUUUAACACCGUCAGCUCUGGAUCGCAGCGUGAUGUUUGGCACAGCUCUCCAGGCUCGGGAGGAAAGUUGGUAAGCGGAGAAAGCUGUGAGAAUGGGAGUGAACAGCAUAGCAUGACAUCCUUGAGCUCUGAAAACUAGUCAACAAGUGCAGACGGCUGUCAUCCAUCAGAGCUCAGACACUGUGUCUAUCUGGAGUUAGAGGAACUCUUUGACCGUCACUGAGAGGAGAAAUGGAUCAGAACCAGCUGGACCGAGAGAGACUCUGCUGUUCCAUCUGUCAGGGUCUACUAAAGGAUCCGGUGACUACCUCCUGUGGACACAGCUACUGCAUGAACUGUAUUAAAAGUCACUGGGAUGGAGAGGAUGAGAAGAGAGUCUACAGCUGUCCUCAGUGCAGACAGGUCUUUAGACCGAGGCCUGUCCUGAGGAUAAACACCAUGUUAGCAGAUUUAGUGGAGGAGCUGAAGAAGACUGGACUCCAAGCUGCUCCUGCCGCAAAAAGAGCCAAGAGGCAGAGAGAGCUCGAGACCCGACCAGAACCCGAGCCCAAGACCAGAGCUGAGUUCUUGAAAUAUUCUCGUGACAUCACACUGGAUCCAAACACAGUGAACACACUGCUGUUAUUAUCUGAUGGGAACAGAAGAGCAACAGUAAUGGAUCAACAUCAGUCUUAUUCUAGUCACCCAGACAGAUUCACUGAUUAUCUUCAUGUCCUGAGUGGAGAGGGCCUGACUGGACGUUGUUACUGGGAGGUGGAGUGGAGAGGAGUAGCUGGAGCUUCUGUAGCAGUCGCAUACAAGAACAUCAGCAGAGCAGGAACCUCUAAUGAAUGUUUGUUUGGACACAAUGACAAAUCUUGGGCUUUAGAUUGUGACGACAACAGGUAUGAGUUUUCUUACAACACUCUCCAAACACCUGUCUCAGGUCCUCAGUCCUGCAGAGUAGGAGUGUACCUGGAUCACAGUGCAGGUACUCUGUCCUACUACAGCGUCUCUGAAACCAUGACUCUCCUCCACAGAGUCCAGACCACAUUCACUCAGCCUCUACAUGCUGGACUUUAUCUUUAUUACUUUUCUGUUGGAGACACAGCUGAGUUUUGUAAACUGAAAUAGAAGUCAUGUGAGGGAUAGGAACAUUGUUUGGGGGGGGCUUAGGUGAAGCAGUCCAAGUAUCUCGUGGUCUGAAACUGAUCCUAUGGGUAGUGAUUCAAGAAUGGGAUCCUGGAUAAAGUGGCCGCAAUGUCCUUCCUCACUGGGUGGCUCUGUUCAGCCUUAAGGUGCUUUUCAACUGCAGGAACUUUACCCAGGAACUAGGGACCUUUUGAGUUGUUUUGACUACAGGAACCAGGGCCUAAAUUUAGUUUUUGAGUAGUUCUUUCCAAAAGGUCCGGGAUUUUGGGAACAGGGUCUGUUAUGCUGAACGUUUCUGAUUGGUAGAGUAUCCGCAGUGUUCUUAUUCCAGUCUUCUUCUAUGGUGUCUUUGUUAAAUGGCCCGUCUCUUUCUUACUGCCCUCUACUGGUCUGGCGGUGUAGUGCAAUUCCUUUUUUUUCUCAACACAUCACUGGCCUGAUUGUCAUAAUCUUCACGGGACUUAAGGAUGGAAAAGCAGACAACAAUGGGCCACAGCAAUCCUUUAGUUCCUGGAACUUCUGAUGGAGAAGCACCUCUAGAGAUGGAGUUGGGAGCUCAGACACCUGCUCAUUUCGCUACACUGGCUUCCAGUUGCAGCUCGCAUCAGAUACAAAACUCUAAUCAUGACUUAC